AUGUGCGGCCGGUAUGCGCUGGCCUUGCGGCCAUCCGAAGUCCGCCAGCAGCUCCAACACGCGCAGAUGCCAGUCGAAGCGGCCCCCGACGACGACCAGGUACGCCAAAGCUACAACUUCGCGCCAGGCUAUCACGGUCUGGUGUACCGAGCAGAUGGUUCCGACUAUGGCGGUCAGCAAGAGAACAAGGAAGAGGCAGAGGCACAUGUGAAGGAGGAAGGUGUAACGAGCGACACAAAGUACAAGCUGCAGUCGAUGCAAUGGGGCCUUGUACCCUUCUGGACGAAGCGCAAUCCCGACUAUGGCUCCAAGAUGAAGACCAUCAAUUGCCGUGACGACUCGCUGAUCGAAGACCGCGGCAUGUGGACAACAAUGAAGAAGAAGAAGCGCUGCAUCAUCGUCGCACAGGGUUUCUACGAAUGGCUCAAGAAGAACAACGGCAAAGAGAAGAUACCGCACUUCACCAAGCGCAAGGAUGGACAGCUCAUGUGCUUCGCUGGGCUCUGGGAUUGUGUUCAAUUCGAAGGUGACGAGAAACUCUUCACGUAUACCAUCAUCACUACUGAUUCGAACAAACAGCUCAACUUUCUCCACGACCGCAUGCCUGUCAUCCUGGAAAACGGCUCAGAUGCGAUACGCACCUGGCUAGAUCCCAACCGGACUGAGUGGAGCAAAGACCUGCAAUCUCUCCUGCAGCCAUACGCGGGCCAACUGGAGUGCUACCCUGUCAGCAAAGACGUGGGCAAAGUGGGAAAUAACUCGCCCUCGUUCCUCGUGCCCAUCAAUAGCGCCGCAAACAAGAACAACAUCGCCAACUUUUUUGGGAACCAAGCAAAAGCCACCAAGUCCGGGGCCGACACAAAAGUUCUCGCCAAAGCGGAGCAUGACCUGGAGAAGUCGACAGACGACAAGGGACAUGUCAAAGUGGAACACGACGUCAAUGAGACUCGUGCGACAACGGACCGCGUGAAAGGUACCGAAGACAACGCGCCACUGCCUGUUCCAGCGACUACAGAGCCACAGGUCGGCGACGAGCCAAGAGGCAUUAAACGGGAGCGCAGCGAGGAGCAUCUCACAGGUAGCACAGCAGAUGCCGAGCCACAACAAAAGCGCAGUAAGCCCGCUGCGUCUCCGCCUCCGAUAAAGAGCCCUGCAAAGAAACCGUCAACGCCAGCCAAGAAGCAAGGUACCAGAAGCGCCACGAGUAACGGUAGUGCAGCGAAGACUUCCAAGGCAGAUGGGAGCCGGAAGAUCACAUCCUUUUUCAGCAAUAAGUGA